AUGCCCCUGAAGAUUUUUUGCGUUCGACGAGCAGAGCCCAAAACGCACGACGGAGCGCCAGACGUUUCGCCUUCCUAUUCCGUCCAUGUCUGCCCACCACCCAGAAAGGGAAACCCUCCUGAACUCUCCUCAAUCGACCCAGCAGUUCCUGAUCAGCGCACCGCCUCUCUCGCCGGGCAGAACUCUGAAGCCCGUCCCGCACGGCAUCGAACUCGAAGGAACGUGGUUGACGCCCACCGCGAAACGUCCACCGUCGUGUCCGAGCCCAAGCUAAGGGUCCGUAAUAAGCUCGGUGCCAUCGGGCUCGAGCUCCGGCUGGAGCAGGCGGCGCAACAGCAGCGUCGUCGUUCGGACGGGAGCAACGGAUUUCACCCCCGAGUUUCGCCCGACGGGACGUUCCAUCCCCAACAGCAACAGGCGCCGUCGCUCACGCCUGGGGAGGGUUCUCAGCAGGGAGUCCCGUCCUAUCCGAUGCAUCUCGGAGCCCACGGAGCCAGCCUUCCCCAGCAGCCCUCGCCGCCGCUGCUCGAUCUAUCGGGCUAUCCCCUUCGCCAGCAGGUUCAGAUGCAUCCCUCUCUCCAGCCCUUUCUCACCGGGGGCGAGGAAAUGACGGGCAUGAAGUUCGAUCAGCACUUGGGUCUCCCUACUCCCCCACGCCUGUUGGAAUGAGGGUGUAGGUGCUCGUCGCUGGCAAUGACGCCAGUGUUGGCGAUCGCAUCGACGGAGAGGUGAAUUUCGUUCUGGUCUACUGUAUUCGGGUUUUCUUUUUCUCUUUUUCUCUUUGGUGCUUGCGUGCGGACAAUGGUCCUUCCGAAGUAGUAUCGGCUUUCUCGUUCUCGUGGUUCUGUAUGAUAUGCUCAAUCGAUGUGCGCUGCAUCGACAGCCGUUCUCCCCCGUUUACCAUCCUUCAUCACGUAUCCGUAUCUAAAUACUCUACGGCUCGAAGUCCGCGUCUGCUCACUCUUUGUUCCGCUCUAUCUCUAUACCACUCUUAUUACCUAAUCGUGUUCGCAUGCUACGUACCAUGAUUCGAUCGUUCUGCUCCUUUGUUGCCCACCCCGAUCAGUUCGUUCGUUUAUCAUUGCUUCGUUUUCGAGUCUGCGGGUACUGAAGAAAAGUCUUCAUGUUUUCGUUCCACGUAAAUGGUCUCAUGUGUUCUGG